CAUCGCUUCACGAACUUGUUGUUGACUGUCGCAAUGCCACUUCUCAUAUACGUUUAAUUGGUUCUGCAACCGCAAUUUUGUUGACGACGCAGUCGCCAUGUUGACGCGCAUUCUAAAUGACACCACCUCUCGGAUCAAGGCCUUCGUGAACACCAGUAGCAGCUAUCGCCGGGCGAAUAGUGCGGAAAUGACUGAGCUUACACCUGGUAGCAGCGAGAACCUCAGUACCAGCAAACUGCACGCAGCGAAGGACUUCGAUGCUAAAACAAUACCCUCAUCCGAAUCUGGCAAGCCGCGAUCUUUGCAGCGAAGCAAACAACGUUUUUCUGGUUGGAGGUUUGGUACUCUCAACUUCGCGAUAUGUGCAUCUAUAGUCUUCCUCAUCAACCUCAUCGUCACCAUCUGGGGAUCGGCAGCUCACAAGGAGGACGAGAAUCUCCUGACCGAAGGAGAAUGUGGGCGCAUCAAGAAAAUGAAUUCCGGACUUCAUAUCCUCAUCAACGUUCUAAGCACUAUGUUGCUGAGCGGCAGCAACUAUUGUAUGCAGUGCUUGUCUGCUCCCACUAGGGGUGAGAUUGAUAAAGCACAUGGUGAGAGAAAAUGGCUCGAUAUCGGGGUACCCAGUCUUCGAAAUCUAAGACGUAUCAGUCGACCGAGGCUGGUCUUGUGGUGGUUGCUGGCUAUCAGCUCUCUUCCACUUCAUCUACUAUACAACUCCGCUGUUUACGCGUCUAUAUCAACCAACAGCUACUUCGGAUUCAUGGUUGACCAGUCGUUUCUAGACAGUCCCACAUGUUUAAAUUGCACCACCGCCUUUCCUAAAGAGCCCUUCGCUAAACAAACGUUGAAAACACUCUGGGAUAAGUCACAGAAUGGCUCACUUGAUAGACUAGAGCCUUCCGAGUGCGUGAACGCAUACGGCACCAAGAUACAAUCAGCCAGGCGUAACCUCUUCGUUGUGCUAGCCGACGGGAACUUCAGUUCUGUGUACUCCAGUCCAGAAAACCCAGGAAACAACUGGAUCAAUAACACGAACUUCCUCUCAGCCUGGCUUUCCCGUGCAGAGGCUGGCCUAACGCACUAUCAGAACAACGUUCAAUCUCCAUUCGGCUGGAUAUGCAGCGGAUUACCCACAGAACGACCAUCCCAACCAUGUAUCAACCGACUUGAGGAGGUGAAAAGAUUUUCCGAACCUUGGACAGUGGCUGUCAGCUGCUCUGGAGGACCUCCGGGUUAUUGCGAUCACAAUCGGUGGCCUGUCGAUCAUUGCCUUAGCGAACCAGCUGAACCACGAUGUCGCCUGCACUUCAGCCCGUUGAUCGCAAUUAUCGUCACAGCACUCAAUUUUUGCAAAGCAUUGCUGAUGUUUUACAUCGUAUACUCUUUGAAAGAAAAUCCACUCAUGACCACGGGUGAUGCGGUAGCGUCUUUCCUUGACGAGAGCGAUAGUACAACGAACACAUUGAGUCUACUUAGCAUCCGCGAUGAAAAGCGAGGUUACAGUGCAGGUGCAGUCACCUGGGAUAACCCCCGCCGACGGUGGAAGGAUGUCACAAGCAGAAGGCGACGUACGACGAUUAUCGUGCUAUUCGCGAUCGCCUUAAUCAUUGUCAUAGCGUUACUCAUCUGGGGAAUCAGAGAGAUGAAUCAACUCAUGUCGAUGACUACAUAUAACGCCCUGCGCCUCGGCUUCGGCACUGUCGAUCCUCGGGCUAUGAUCUCCAGCGGUCAGCUACCCAAGAACAUGGUGGCUCUCGCCCUCAUCGCCAAUUUGCCCCAAGUCAUUCUAUCAUUCCUGUACUUUGCGUACAACGGCCUGUUCACGGCGAUGCUCAUGGGCUACGAAUGGACGUCCUACGCACACAAGCGAAAAGGGCUCCGCACUUCGCGCGUACCAACCGGAAACCAAAGAUCCACGUACUUCCUUCAGCUACCGUACCGGUUCGGGCUACCUCUUGUUAUCCUCGGCGGCUUGCUGCACUGGCUAGUCUCGCAAAGUAUCUUUGUGGUGUCUUUCGACUUGUACGACGAAUUCGGGGAGCCAUUGUUCGCGAGCAUGAACCCCAACUGGGAUUUCGCAACCAAGACCAUUGGCUACUCCCCGGUCGCUAUGCUGGCUGUCAUCAUCCUGGGAGUGCUGAUGGUUGUCGCUAUCAUCGGCUUUGGGUACAUACCAUACAAGCCUGGCAUGCCUGUCGCAGGGAGCUGCAGUUUGGCUAUCAGUGCAGCUUGCCACCCGGAGCAGCACUCUGAGACAGGAUAUGGGCUACUUUCGGAGCAGAAGCUGCAGUGGGGCGUUGUUAGCACUAGUACGGAUGGGAUCGGGCACUGUGCAUUUUCGAGCAAGGAGGUUGGGGUGCUGGUCAAGGGACGAAUGUAUUCUUGA